AUGGUAAAACUAGGUGUAGCAUGGGCGUUUUUAAUAGUCGCUGUUCUACUAUCGACUGCCAGUGGUCGAAGUGUAAAAAGUGUUGAUGGUGGUUCAAAUUGUGCUUGGUGCACUAUUAUUGUUGGUCUUGUUGGAAAGUUAUCUCUAGUGUAUAAUGAAACUACGAUAGAUUCACUUGAAAGACUUUGUAAUGCUUUGCCAACUGACUUGAGAGUCUAUUGUAAAACAGCUGUUGAUUUUUUGGGUCCGAUUAUUAUUGAUGGUUUUACUAAAGGAGACAGUCCUGAUGUUAUUUGUCAUGCAUUGAAAUUCUGCAAAGAUGAGCCUGGUCAAGCAAAAUGUCGUCUUUUUCCAUCGAAAUCUUCAAUUUCAGAAACUCAAGAUAUUUUAAAUCUUCGCCAACAACAUCAACUACAUGAUAAUCAUGUAUCAGAUUCGAAAAUUUGUGAUGUUCCUGGUAUUAAAGAAAUUUGUAAAAUCAUAGAUAAUGCUGUUCGUAAUCAUAUACCAUCCGUUGAUCUUGAUAAUGAUAAAUUUGGUACGGAACCAACAUUACGUGGUAGUUCAUGGCGUGGAAAAGAUUGUAAUGAUUUUUCAUCAGAAAUUCAUCCAGGUGUUCGAGUUUUCGAUGGUGAUACUCUUGCCGAUCAUAAUUGUAAUGGUAUCUAUGGUACAAAUUCUGCAACAGGACGACCCUGGGAAGAAGAAUUCUGUAAUGAAACACAACGUUUGGGUAUUGCCGUUUUAGGUGAUUCAAUAUCAGCUCAUUUUCAUAUUCCCGAACAAUGGUUAGAUGCUAAACAAUUUUCACCAGAAGCAUUUGAACAUACGAUGUUUAUUAUUGAAAAUGAAUUGGAUUGGCCACAAUUAUCAGCAGUUACCGGCCAUUUAAAUGUUAGUUGGCCGAAUAUUGAAGGUCCAACUCGAUCAUUGUAUGCUCGUUUGUUUGAACUCGAUCAUUGUAAUCAUCGUGAUUAUCAAAAUAUUGCUGUUAAUGGAGCUGACAGUAAAGAUAUUAUCAAAAUAGCUACAUCAUUACGACGUAAUCAACAAAAAGAUGUACCAUUAUUAGUGAUCUAUUCUCUGGUGGGUAAUGAUGUUUGCAAUGGCCACCCGAAUACUACUGCUGAUAUGACUACUGUUGAAGAAAUGUACGAAAAUAUCUACACUGGAUUAACUUAUCUCGAUACAGUUUUACCAAAAGGUAGUCAUGUACUGACAACAGGUCUAGCUAAUGGAAGUGUUCUGUAUCAAUUAUUACAUGAUCGUAUACAUCCGUUUGGACGUGCCGGUGUACCAUUUACAUACAGAGAGAUUUAUGAUUAUUUAUCUUGUUUACAGAUUUCACCGUGCAACGGUUGGUUAACAUCAAACGAUACAUUACGAGCGUUCACAACGGAACGAGCCAUGCAACUGUCGGUUGCAGUACGCAAUGCAACAUUUGCUUAUUCGCCGAAGAAUUUUGAUGUUGGCUAUAUGGAUUUUCCAUUUGAUCAAGUUUUUCAAGCUUGGAUAGCGCAAGGUGGUGAGGCGUGGCAAUUAUUAGAAAGUAUCGAUGGUUUUCAUACGAAUCAAUAUGGUAAUGCAGGUCUUUCGGAUGCAUUUUGGUCAUGGAUACAAACGAAUAAACCGCAAUGGUUACCAUCAAAUAAUCCACACAAUGCCGAUAUUGUACGCGUCUUUCAAGAUCAAGGUGGAUACUAA